AUGUCGACACCCUCUCAGCGUGUUCCCGUCGAGCUCUGGGAGCAUAUUUUGCUCGAUGUCGUCUACGAACUCUUUCUUCUCGACCUCGAGCAUGUCGGAGACGUUGACCAAAAGUCACUCUCGAGGCGUUUCCGGCACGAGGAUGCCGCUGACGCAGCGUUGACGUACGAACGGGGUCGUAUCACGCUCAUGCUCGUCUGUAAAGCCUGGAAAACCUUUGUGGAUCGUACAACGGGUGGAUGGAAAGAGGCCGACAGCCGGUCAUGGGACUUUCCGCUUCGUCUCCUUUUAGCCACUCGCAUCGACCUAGCCUGCACGGCGCCCUUUAAACCUGCAUAUUUACUUGGGAUAGAGCACCAGGCACGUAUAUUGACGAUACGUACGACGACAGUCAGUAUAGACGACCUCCUCGUCACCUAUGGCGCGAGCUUUCCCCACGUCUCCACCCUCGACCUUCGCCACGCUUCCUCCGUUCUCUCUCCGACGGGCGGCAUGUCCGCACCCAACGGCUUCUUUGCUACACUCGCUACCCUCUUCCCCCACCUCCAAACUCUCUUCGUCGAGGUCCCCGCCUCGGAUACAACCUCGGACAUUCUCUCCCUCCCCAACCUCACGCGGCUAUCCUACGUCGUCGUCGGCCAAUCGCGUCUUUCUGAUGGGAAACGGGCGGCAGCUCUCGCACUCUGGGAGCUACCAAAGCUGCAGCAUCUCGAUAUCCAGCCCGUCGGAAGCACCUGCGACUGGAGCCUCGUAACGGACGGAUUACGCGCGUGGGGAUCCGAGUUGAAAACACUUUGCUUUGACGCGCGAUUCCCGUGUCCCACUGGUAUUGAGAUUGGCCGUGAGGAUUGGACGGCAUGCAAACGGCUCAUCUAUACCGACCACGGCCGAAACGUCGUUCGAAUAGGCCGAACUAAAGAGGCUAAGCAGAUUUUGAUACCCUCUAGUCAUCCGUUUCGUGCAUUCCAGAGACUCGUUUGUGUAUAA